AUGUUAGUUCCACCAGAUAAUUUUGCACUUGUUGAAGAUGGGAUCUACAGAUGCUCAAAGUUGGAUCCAAUCAACAACUCAUUUCUGGAUACCCUACAGCUUAAAUCAAUAGUGUGGAUGGACGAGGAGAAUCCUACCAGGGUGUUAUCUGAAUACAUGGAAGAAAAUCACAUUAGACUCUAUCACAUUACGGAUUCGAAUAUUUUGCAAGAGGACAGUGAAAUCAGCAGUUUCAAGCAUCAGGAUUGGAUGGUUCUAAGGCCAACAUUAAUAUCCAAGGUGAUACGAAUUCUUUUGAAUUCUCGAAAUAACCACAACUGUCUUCUUAUUGAUAAAAGCGCAGUUGUGGUUGGUAUAUUGCGACACAUUGAACGGUGGUGUUACUCAAGUAUUGCGAACGAGUACAGACUUUUCAGCGGUAGUAAAGCCAACUACAAUGUUGAGAGCUUUCUUGAGUUAAUCAAUAUAGAGUUAGAACCAUACAAUGAAGAAAAUGACGAGGAUCAAGGAAGUUUACAACAGACACACGGGAGACGGAUAGUGGAUGACUCAAAGACAUUUUACAGGAAGAACCCAGAUGUUACCGACAAGGAGAGGAAAAACCUCAGGGGACAGAGCAUACCGUAUAAACCGUCAUAUACAAGAAAAUACAGCUCGAGUCUAGAGAAAUUCGGCGCUUUAAAGGAAGAGACACCAGAAGAGGCUAUAGAUGAUUCGUCUAUGAGUGAGGGAAGUGUCGAAAAGUACUCGCCAAGGAUGGAUACAUCAUUUGGAAGUAGUUAUAAGACAAGUGAAGCCAUAUCGAUCGAGGGUAGAAGACCUUCGUGGGCUGCAAGAAGGGUGUCAGAGAACUAUGGAAAUUCCCUCUUGCAGGGAUCUGCCGGAUCGGGAAAGCUCUCGAUGUCGACUUCUCCUCAGAUCCCCAAGAAUUUGUUGAAGUUGGUUGAAGAUCGUAAGCAAAGGAAGAAACAGAGGGAAUUGCACCGUAAACAACACGAACUUAACGAAUCAAAGAAUGACUCAAAUUUGAAUGCGCUUGAGGGUAAUAAUAGAUCAAUCACCGAAGCCGGAACUGUUGAGCAAGGAGCACUUUCUCAAGGGAUGGAUAAAUCAUUUGGAGAAACUAAAUUAUCUGGCAUGAGCGAUGAACACGAGAAAGUAAUGCUUUACCAUUUCUAUAGGCCUCAGAAGCAGUUCAAAGUGAUAAACGAUCGUAACAAAGUGUUAGCCACAACUGUUAAGAUUCCCCUACCAAAGGAGGAAGAUUUACCUCUGUGGUUUAUAAGCUUGAGAGAUAGUUGGGAGAAGCAAUACGGGAAACUUAAUACAGUUUAA